UCGCGCACGCACCGCAAAACCCGGCACCACGUCACCCGGGACCUCCUGCACAACAUAUCCUUCCACGUCGCGCUGUUCUUUGUUCUUGGCUCCAUCGCGUGGAUCGUGAAUGGGUUCUAUGUCAUGUGGCCGGACCAGAUGGUUGGCGAUGACAGCAAGGCGGUGGAUGUGAUGAACUGGAGUGCGUUUUGUGGGGGGAUGCUAUUUUUGAUUGGCGCGAGCUUGGCGGUCGUGGAGGCGGGGAAUGCGGAUCAUCCUCUGCCUCCACCAAGGAAUGGGGGGAUCGAUGUCGAGGGCGGGCAUGAGGUUAUGUCCAUGGGUGACGCAACGCAACAGCAGCAGCAACAACAGGGAAAAGUCAACCCAACCCACAACGAGACAACGAAACCCAGCGACCCACCCACCACCACCCGCCGCUACAAACUCACGUGGUUCCCGCGCCCCGACCCGCACUCGCUCGGCUCACUCGCCUCCCUCAUCCAAAUCUUCGCUGCAACCGUCUUUGGCAUCUCCGUCAUCACCGGCCUCCUCACCCUCUCCCACACCGCACGGAUGCUCAUCUUCUGGACCCCGCAAGUCAUCGGCGGGCUCGGUUUCAUCGUCACCUCCCUCGUGUACAUGAAAGAGGUCGGCUUCACCGCGGUGUGGACGCUCGGGUGGCAGGUGGCGGUGUGGAACCUUGUGGGUGCGGUUGGGUUUAUGCUGUGUGGCGUGUUUGGGUAUUGGGAGGAUGCGGCAGGGGGCUGGGGGUGGAGGGAGACGGCGAGUGGGGUGAAUAAUUUUUAUGGCGGGUGGGCAUUCUUGCUGGGGAGUGUGUUGCAGAUGUGGGAGGUUUUG